GUUGCUGAGCAAAGCGAAAUGAAUUAGUAUUCAUCGGAGGAGAUAGUGGGCCGAAGUCGCGGUUAUGCCUCCUGCCACCUCGACGCAAUUUAAAUCCCACGGGAUCAACGGCACGAUUGGCUGUAACCCCUCGCAGGGGAGGUUGGGAACACUUAAACGUUGCAUCAUACCAUUUAAUGCGGCAGAUAAUCCUGGUCUUUAAUAUUGGAGCACUCCCCGACUUUCGAUUUUCUCUUUGUUAGAACAGGCCGUCGGAAACAAACCGGCAGGAAAUUACUAGGUAUACCCUGGGACUUGGCGCCAGCUGAGCCAGCCCUACUGUGUGGAUCAGCCUUGUGUGGACAACGUCAAAGAUAGCGCCACUGGACGUCAACAAAGAAGAUCGACUGGAGUUGAGUGCUGGGCCUGGUCCACCGAGCUCAGUCAAUCUGUUGCUUCCCUGCCCAAGUUUAUAAAUUCCAGCCAGGGGACCGCCCAGUCGAAUGAUCCUAGAGACAAUCAUCGUUCCCGUCUUUACUCCUACCAUCAAGAUGAAGCUCCUUCAGCUAUCGUCAGUGCUCCAUUUCCUGACUCUUAGCUCAGCUCUCACUAUCCCCUUAAACCGAAGCAAACGGUCUAAUGACGCCUUGGCCCACACUGCCUCCCUCCUCGCAACCGGGGGCGGGCACAAUUUCGAUGUCGACGUUGUUGUGGGCGCCAACAACCAAACCUUCAAGCUCCUGGUGGACACAGGAAGCAGUGAUCUCUAUAUUAUGGGAGACGGCUUUACCUGCAUCAAUGCCACCAGCAACCUGACUAUCCCCCAGGCGGACUGUAAAUACGGUCCAGAGACGUACGCCCCCUCGUCGAGCUACCAGCAGGUUCCCAACGAAAUGUUCGGAAUUGAGUAUGGCGCCGGUCUUGCAAGUGGCGUCAUGGCCUACGAAGACAUUACGAUUGCAGGAGUCUCAGUGCGCGCCAAACUGGCAAUCGCAGACGUUUCUGAGCCGAUGGGUCGAGAAGGGAUCAGCAAUGGGGUCCUGGGCCUUGGCUAUCCCAGCUUGACGUCGGCUCAUCCGGGCACGUCCGUCCCCAAUGACACGUACUUCUACAACCGGGCGGUGUAUAGCCCGGUGUUCAACGCCAUGUUUGAACACGGCCUGGUGGAGCCGUACUUCAGUAUUGCACUGGCGCAUACCGCGCGGGAUAGCAUCGCCACAUUUGGAGGCUAUCUCACCCUGGGUGAUCUGCCGCCGGUGGAGCCUAAGUCGGACUUCAGCACCGUUCCAGUGGAAGUCCUGAAGAACAUUCCGGCUGAAUUCACAUCGGGAAGGCAACAGAGGGCCUAUUGGGCUUUCAACGUCUCGGGCGUGAAAUAUGGGUCGUCGGGAGAAGAGGAAGCUGCUCUCAAGACUGACAAUAACCCAUGGCAGGUAUUCGUGGACACAGGAAAUGACUUCUCUAUCCUUCCCGAGGCGGUCGUGGACCCGGUGAAUAAACAGUUCUCGCCCCCAGGCGUCUGGAACGACCAGCUGAAGGUUUAUGUGGUCGAUUGUGACGCGAAGGCGCCUGAGUUCGGUGUGACGAUCGGGAACCAGACAUUUUACCAUGCCGCGGAAGAUCUAAUCUACGAUGUUGGCGAGGGUGUCUGUGUCUCGGGGUUGUUGCCAGCAGAGAAGGUGGGGAUGAAAUACAUCGUGGUAUACGUCUUAGGAGCGCCCUUCUAUAAGAAUGUUAUCGCCGUGCAUGAUUUUGGAAAGAAUGAGUUGAGGUUUGCCCAGAAAUGACGCACGGAUUCUUCUGCAGGAGAGCGAGGGCAUUACUUUUUCUUUCCAUAGCAUUAUGCGGCGUUCACGACUUUCUAUCUCCAUGUGAUAUUGAUAAUGAUGUACAGCUCGUAGGAGGCUUGACCAAUGGUCUAAUAUCGGUAACGGGCCAUAGCAUCGGCAUCCUAGUAUUAUCGUUGGCCAGUUAAUAAAGUCACUGUCCCUAGAUGGAUUGCGGAGUGAUGUAUUGACAGUCGAAUGCUCGUUCUACUAUAUUCUCCUUAGUCGUCAUGCCCUAUGAAUCUUCUCUCGAGUGCUCUCUGAUACCUAAGACCGCGUAUCGAAUCAUGUCGACGUGAUGAUGGGGGCCGAUUAAUUUGCUCUAUGAUUUCAACUCUCUUCCCCUUUUUCAUAUUCUUCUUGCUUUACGAAG